GCUGCUACUCCCUUCCCAUUCUUCAUUCUUCGAUUGAAGUAUCGUCGCUGUCACUCAAUCCACAGCCGCACAGCUGCACCGCCGCAAUCAUGAUUGUUGACCAAUUCGAAGAGUUCCUCGUGAAGACCUCGGUCAUUCCUCUGCCUACUGCCACUCAUGUCGCUCCCAUCCCUUCAGUCAUUCCCAACAAACCCGAGGAGCAAUUCGCUGGUGAUUCCGGCACAAAGACACUAUGGGUUGUCUUUGUCAUUAUGUUGAUCUCCUCUGGUGUCUUCUCAGGCCUGGCGUGGAGAGUCCCUGUGCAAAAGCGUCUCUUCUAUGUCAUCACAACCCUGAUCACCAUCACGGCUGCGAUCUCCUACUUCGCCAUGGCUACCGGCCAGGGUGUCUCUGUCAACCACAUUGUCGUUCGUGAGCAGCACGAGCAUGUCCCUGAUACUUUCCACGAGAUCCACCGCGAGAUUUACUGGGCUCGUUACGUCGACUGGGCCAUCACCACUCCUCUUCUGCUCCUCGAUCUUGGUCUCCUCGCAGGAAUGAACGGUGCUCACCUCACCAUCGCCAUCGUUGCUGACCUGAUCAUGGUUCUCACCGGUCUCUUCGCUGCUUUCGGCUCUGAGGGCACCCCUGCCAAGUGGGGAUGGUACACCAUUGCGUGCUUCGCCUACCUCGUCGUUGUUUGGCACCUGGCUGUGAACGGCCGCGCCGCUGUUCAGGCCAAGGGCCAGAACGUUUCUUCGUUCUUCCUCUCCAUCGCUACCUACACUUUCAUCCUCUGGACCGCGUAUCCCAUUGUCUGGGGCUUCGCUGAUGGCGCACGACGCGUUGGUGUUGACGGCGAGAUCAUCGCCUACGCUAUCCUUGAUGUCCUUGCUAAGCCCGUCUUCGGUACGUGGUUGAUCAUCACUCACGCUAAGCUCCGUGAGACCGAUGUUGACCUCGGUGGCUUCUGGGCCAACGGACUCAACCGCGAGGGUGCUCUCCGCCUCGGUGAUGAUGACGGCGCUUAAAUGCAUCGACAUUAUUCGACUUCACUGAUCUAACACUUCGAUCAAAUUGCCAAGCGGGACAUGCUACGGUCAACAACGUCCCUGGUGGAAAGCGUGCCGACCACAGGUUGGCAGCUGAAAAUGCUCUGUGUCCUGCCGUCUUCAGCGAUUUCAUUUGGACCUCAAAUACUCAUUAUGGAGUAGUGGAAUCAUGUACAUUAAUGCGGGAGAUCCGUUACCGUUUUGGUACAUAGCUAAUGUGGUAAUGAUACGACCUUCUCACAUACCUAUUCUUGGCCUCAAUCCCCACAGUGAUGCACUUUCAGGAA